UGUUGGUGUGGAGUUACCUCUGUGGUAUUGCAGCGCCGAGAACUUAUCAGCAGAAGUAAUUUAACUGUCAUUAACUGUCAUUUACUGAUAGGAUGGGACAGGGGACAGUGGGGUUCACAGGGGAGAUGUGGCUCACUCUCCUUUCUGCUCCAGCCACUCUGCUGUCCCUCCUCGGCUCCCAGCAGCUCACAGAGCAGAGGGACUCGUGCCGUGCCACACUGCCGGCUGGGCAAAGGUCCUGCUGUGACCUCUGUCCCCAACCCCAUCCUGCACCCGGCCAUGGAGCUGCUGGGGAUCCUGAGCCCCCCGUGGUGGCUCCUGCUGCUCCUGCUCCCGGCCCUGCUGCUCUGGGCCAUGCACAGAAGCCCCUGGGAGCCCCACAAGUGUCCUGCUGACCUGACGGGCAAGACAGUGAUUGUCACCGGAGCCAACAGCGGCAUUGGCAAAUGCGUGGCCAUGGAUUUGGCACGCCGGAAUGCCCGCACCAUCCUGGCGUGCCGGAGCCAGGAGAGGGGCCAGGCGGCCGUGGAGGAGAUCCGGGCAGCCACUGGGAACCCAGCAGUGGUGCUGAGGCUGCUGGACACCGGCUCGCUGGCCUCGGUGCGCGCCUUUGCCAGCGCUGUGCUGCGUGAGGAGUCACGGCUGGACGUGCUGGUGAACAAUGCUGGUGUCACUGGGCUGCCCUUUGCCAUCACAUCAGAGGGCUUGGAGCAAACCUUCACCAUCAACUACCUGGGCCCGUUCCUGCUCACCAACCUGCUCCUGGACCUCCUGAAAGCCUCGACCCCCGCCCGGGUGGUGAACGUGUCAUCGUUCCGGCACAGCGUGGGCACGGCUGACAGCGCGUUCCUGACAGGGCAGCGCUGCCCAGGCGGGUACGACGCUGCCUACAACAGCACAAAGCUGAUGAAUGUGCUCUUCACCGCCGAGCUGGCACGGCGCCUGGAGGGCACAGGGGUGACGGCAAACGCGCUGAGCCCCGGCGUGGUGAGCACCAGCAUCAUGCGCCACUUCAGCUGGCCCGUGCGGGCGCUCUUCAGCCUCCUCCGCCCCUUCAUGAAGUCUGCCGAGCAGGGCGCUGCCAGCACCAUCUUCUGCGCCGUCUCGGAGGAAGCUGCGGGCAUCACCGGGAAAUAUUUCGACAGCAGCUGCCGGCUGGCGCUGCCCUCCGCGGCCGCCCGCGAUGCUGCGCUGGCACGGAAGCUCUGGGAGGCAUCGGAGCGGCUGACGGGGCUCACGGAGCAGGGCUGAGCCACCGGGAUGGGGGACACGGAUACCGCUCUGCUCCCCCUGUGCUGCCGUGGGGACAACACGGCGCCGGCCAGAUGUGACUGCCACACUUUUAUUAAAAACCCGCUACUCCCA